AUGGCUAUGUCGACAACGAUGGAUCAAGUUGUAAAACGAGCUAAAGAUAGUUUCGGACAAAUGUUUGAUAAAAGUCUACAUGAUCUUGUUCGAGGCAUUCGAAAUCAUAAAGAUAAUGAAGCAAAAUAUAUUAAUGAAGCUAUUGAUGAAAUUAAACAAGAACUUAAACAAGAUAAUAUAUCAAUGAAAGCGAAUGCUGUUAAUAAAUUAACUUAUCUUCAAAUGCUCGGUUAUGAUAUAUCAUGGAGUGCAUUUAAUAUAAUUGAAGUAAUGAGUUCCAAUAAAUUUACUUUUAAACGAAUUGGAUAUCUUGCUGCUUCACAAUGCUUUCAUGAAGGAACAGAUGUUUUAAUGUUAACAACAAAUAUGAUUCGAAAGGAUUUAAGUAGCUCAUCUAUGUAUGAAUCAGCUGUUGCAAUGAGUGGUCUUUCAUGUUUUAUAAACGCUGAUCUUGCACGAGAUUUAGCAAAUGAUAUUAUGACUCUUAUGACAUCAACAAAACCAUAUAUUCGUAAACGAGCUGUACUUCUAUUAUAUAAAGUAUUUCUUAAUAAUCCUGAUGCACUUAAACCAGCAUUUCCACGUUUAAAAGAAAAACUUGAAGAUCCUGAUCCAGGUGUACAAGCUGCUGCUGUGAAUGUUAUCUGUGAAUUAGCUAGACGUAAUCCAAAAAAUUAUCUUGCAUUAGCUCCAAUAUUUUUUCGUCUUAUGACAACUUCUACAAAUAAUUGGGUGUUAAUUAAAAUCAUUAAAUUAUUUGGUGCAUUAACACCAUUAGAACCACGAUUAGGCAAAAAAUUAAUUGAACCAUUAACAAAUUUAAUUCAUAGCACUUCAGCUAUGUCUCUUUUAUAUGAAUGUAUUAAUACUGUAGUUGCUGUUCUCGUUUCAAUCUCAUCUGGUCUACCUAAUCAUAAUGCUUCAAUUCAAUUAUGUGUACAAAAACUUCGAAUACUUAUUGAAGAUUCCGAUCAAAAUUUAAAAUAUCUUGGUUUACUUGCAAUGUCAAAGAUUUUACAAACACAUCCAAAAAGUGUUCAAGCACAUAAUGAUUUAAUUAUGCAAUGUCUUGAUGAUAAAGAUGAAUCAAUUCGUUUACGUGCACUUGAUCUUCUUUCUGGCAUGGUAUCAAAAAAAAAUCUCAUGGAUAUUGUACGUAAAUUAAUGAUUCAUAUGGACAAAUCUGAAGGAUCACAUUAUCGAGAUGAAUUACUUUCAAAAAUAAUUGAAAUAUGUAGUCAAAGUGAUUAUCAACAUAUCACUAAUUUUGAAUGGUAUAUUAGUAUAUUAGUUGAAUUAACUCGUCUUGAAGGUACAAAACAUGGAAAUCUCAUAGCUCGACAAAUGCUUGAUGUUGCUGUUCGUGUUGAAUCUAUUCGACCAUUUGCUUGUAAUCAAAUGGCAAUUCUUCUUGCAAAUGCUCAUGUAUUUAUAAUUGGUUCAAGUUCUACGACUGUUGCUGAAGUUUUAUAUGCAGCAGCAUGGAUUUGUGGAGAAUUUUGUUCUUAUUUAAAAGAACCACAAAAAACUCUUGAAUCAAUACUUAAUACAAAAAUUAUUUUAUUUCCUGGACAUAUUCAAUCUGUUUAUUAUCAAAAUAUUCUUAAAAUUAUAACAUAUUUAAUUCAAUCAUCAGAUAAUGAUGAAAUUUUAGCGAAACAAUUAGUUACAAUGACAAUCGAUAAAAUGUCAAUAUUUUUAUCGAGUGGUGAUGUUGAAGCACAAGAACGAGCAAGUAUUACUUUACAUAUUCUUAAAACAGUAUUAAAAUUAAUUGAAAAAUCGGAAUUUAAUGUUAAUGAACUAUCAGCAUUGUUUGAUGGUGUUCUUAAUCCAGUUGCUGCUAAAGCUCAAAGAAAAGUUGCUAUACCAAAUGGUUUGGAUUUGGAUGCAUGGAUAAAUGAUCCUCCAUCUGAAAGUGAAGAUGAAUCAGUAACAACAGAUUCUCGUCAUGAUAAUUCAGGAUUUUUUUAUGGUAAACAUGAAGAAAAUUAUUCAUCAAAUUCAUAUUCAAAUGAAACAUCAAAUUAUCAACAACCGAGAAAUUAUGUUGAACCAACAACUGAUGAAUUAGAAAAACAAAGAGAAUCAAGAAAACAAAGUGAAAACAUGAAUCCAUUCUAUUUAAAGGAUAGCAAAAAAACAAAACUAACACAAAAGCAUGAAACAUCGAUCGAUCAUUCAAAUGGUAACGAAAGUAUGCCAUCAACUCCAGACAAAGGAACAAUACCAGCUAAUUUACAAAUUUCACUUUCUGAUCAAUUAUAUCGACAAUCAAAAAUUGAUGAAGAAAAUCGACGUUUGAAGAAAAAAUCGAAAAGUGAUGGUGGAUCAUCAAAAAAAGGAAAGAAAUCUUCGAAAAAAUCCGAUAUAGCAGCAAUCGAUGAAAAUGAAGAUGACAUCUAUCCAACUGUUCAAGUUACACGUGGUGGUGAAUUACCUGAAGGUGUUACAGAAAGUGGACAUGAAGAUAAUGAUGAUGAUAUAGGUAGUGGAAGAAAUAAAAAAUAUGAUCCACAUCGAGCACUUAAUAUUGAUUUUAAUGAAAAACCUAUUCAAGCAACAUACACUCCACCACCAUCUCAGCUCAAAGAACCAUCUAAAAAAUUAGUUGAAACUCCUCCUGUAUCAGUUGAAAAAGUAAAGAAAUCUAAGAAAAAGAAAACAAUUGAAAACCAAAUCGAACCAUCAACAUCUAAAUCUAAACAUAAACGAGAACGUAGUGAUUAUAAAGAUUUGGGAUCACCAGCUGAUGAUGAUGACAAACAUGUAUUACAAUCUGCGGUUGCUGCUCCUAGUCCUACUCCUGCGCCUGUUUCUGCUGCAUCUCCUGUUAUCGAAGAGAAACCAAAGAAAAAGAAAAUUAAAGAAAAAAAAUCAAUAUCAAAAACAGCAAUACCAGAUGCAAAUGAUUCUGCUUCACUUCUACUCGAUAUUAUGAGCGAUGAUAUUCAUCCAAUAAAUCAAUCUAACCAACAAUACAAUGAACAAGAUUCGUAUAAACUAGCUGCUCAAACAGACAAUUUAAUAAUAGAAUAUUUAAUAACUCCUAAUUCAUCAACAGCUGAACUUGAUGUAACAUUUCUCCUCAAAAAUCAAACAUCAUCUAUAAUUGAUCAUAUUGAUAUUCAUGUUAUCGAUAGUAUGAGCUCAAAAUUACUUAAUACAACAAGUGCAAAUCGUAUUUCAUUUACAACAAUAAGUCUUUUUCCACGUUCACAAAAUUAUAUACAUAUAUAUUUCGCAAUAAAUGCAAUAUCAUUUUCUCAAAAUUUAAAAACAACAUUAUCUUAUACUAUAAAUGGAUCAAAUAAAAAUGAAAAAGAUUCAAUUGAAUUUAAACUUAAUCUACCAUGUUCACAAUAUUUAAGAAAAAAACCGAUGAAUUCAAAUGCAUUUGCUGAUUUAAUGAGUUCUGGUACAUUGACAUGUCAAUCACAUAUAGAUAUUCCAUUAUCAAAUCAAGAUUUUGUAUCGAGAAUUAAAACAAUUUGUCAAUCUUAUCGAUUAACGAUUGUUGAACAAAUCAAUGCCGCUGCAUCAUUAUAUGCUGAAACAAUACUUGGACAACCUAUAGCAUUUUUAUUGAAAUCAACAAAUUCUCAAACUAAUAUCUCAGUCGAUGGUAAAUCAACCGAAACACAUUUUCUUUCCAAUUUAAUGGAAGAAAUAAAAACAUCAUUGAAAUAA